CCUGGUACUGUCCCAUUGCUACCACCUCAGCGAACACGCCAAACCGCGGGACGAGAAAGUAGGACGAGAGCUGCAAGCUUAUCUGUGGAUUCCGUUUCACUUUGUUCUAGUUGCUCUGCGCCUGACAGCUAAUUAACUGUUGUUUAACACAAAACCUUAUAUAACACAGGCCGACGCUGCCGCAGCGGCCCGCGGGGAAAAGUAGAAGCUUUGCCAAUCUGGUUCUCCACUGGGCCUUGUGAACGCGAGAAAAUGCUUAGCGCUCAUACUAGCUCGCUCCGUGGUGCAACUGCGGUGAAGCGCUGCGUCGCAGCGCCGGUUCGGUCCAUUCGCUCAGCGGUCGUUGCGCGCGCGAGCAAGUCUCAGCUGCCCGACGCGCUGCUGUUCGAUUGCGACGGCGUGCUUGUGGACACGGAGCGCGACGGCCACCGCAUCAGCUUCAACGAGGCGUUCAAGCGCAAGGGCCUGGGCCAGCACGAGUGGGAUGUGGAUCUGUACGGCGAGCUGCUGGAGAUCGGCGGCGGCAAGGAGCGCAUGACCAAGUACUUCAAUGACCAUCUCGACAAGGAGCCCUUCAAGAGCACCAAGGACGCGGCUGCCCGCAAGGCGCUGGUCGCGGAGCUGCACCUGCUUAAGACCGACCUGUUCAUGGACCUGGUGGACGGCGGCGCCAUGCCGCUGCGGCCGGGCGUGGCGCGGCUGGUCGGCGAGGCCAUCGCCGCGGGAGUGCCAGUGGCUGUGUGCUCCACCUCCAACGAGCGCGCGGUGUCCAACAUCGUGCGGGUGAUGCUGGGUCCCGAGGUGGCGCGCGUGAUGCGCGUGUUCGCGGGCGACGUGGUGCCCAAGAAGAAGCCCGCCCCCGACAUCUACCUACUGGCAGCCCGCGAGCUGCGAGUCGACCCAGCCCGGUGUGUCGUGAUUGAGGACUCGGGCAUCGGCCUCCGGGCAGCCAAGGCCGCGGGCAUGACCUGCGUGGUCACCAAGUCCAGCUACACGCAGGAUGAGGACUUCACGGGGGCCGAUGCAGUGUUCCCCUCGCUUGGGGGAGACAGCGACGCGGGUCAGGUCACACUCAACCGCCUGUGCAACAUCAUGUCAGCUUCCUCUGCCAACGUGCGGGCGUGAGCUGGGGAGCGGACGUGACGGGGGGCGGCGGCGGCAAGUAGCAGCACCAACAGCGCCCCUGCCUGCGAGGAGCGAUGCUGCCGGAGGGGGUAGCGAGCGUGUCUGUGGGGAAGCAAGCGAGAGGGAGGGAGUCGAGCGAGCGGGAGCAGAUGGGCGCUCUGGAGAGGGCGUGCGAUGGGACAGUGGAUGGGAGAGCGAGUGGGCUUGAAGAGAGGGUUCUGUGCAAGAAGCACAGUGGCCACCAGAGUUCUUCUAUAUUGUGUUGUGGGCCGCCUGCCCGGAGCGCAUGGGAUGCAACAGGCCUUCACACCAGAAUGCGCUUGAGUGGCACGAAACGCCCCGCACUGCUGAAGCCUGAGAUAUACAUAUUUGUUGACUACGGUACGUUGCGGACCGAUGGUAAAAUGCCGCGUGAGGCUGGGCGCGCUCGAGUGGUGGCAUGGGAGGCGCUGGGUGAUUGACAGAGCAGCUCGGGAGCGGUGCCGCCGUGUGGCGGCUGUGGCCUUGCGAGCCGCCGAGGAGUCAAACUCAACUGCCGUCACGUAGGCUCCUUUUACUUUGCGGCAGAAACGUUGUGGCUGUAGAUUGUGACGCAGACUUCACGCGUAGUGAAGCGUGAACCAGCACCCAGGGCUGUGGUGCCCGUGCAGCCUGCGAAGGGAGGCGAAGGGCCCCGUACUUACAGCGCGCUAAUUGUCAUGACGAUAACAUGCGAGGGCAUGAAUACAGAUUAGGAACAUACUGAAAUCAUGGAGCGAGGAACAGGCCGCAACCUGGGAAUGGUCCCAAAAGAUC